AUGGCCUCUAUACGCAGCCACCUCCCACCUCCCACCGACACCAACGUCACGGCAGAAGCGGCAUCAGCCGUACUGACACAGCUCCUCACCCGUACGGAAGAGUAUAGACUCCUGGCGACACAGACUACGGGCGUCGAAAGACCGGCGUGGAUGCUCUGGACGCAGGACCAGCGGCACUUGUCCAGGCUGAACAGGCAUGCUGUUGCUACGGCGGCCAGUACCAUCAAUGACAUCGUACUGCCUAAUGCUCCUGCUACUGCUUCCCACAUACCCCCCACAGAUGCGGUUCAGCGGGUUGCGUGGGACUUGUACGAGGGUGUUAGGCCCGGGAGAGACGACGUGACAUGGGGGAGGAUGGCAAGGGAUCUUGUCGCUUGUUUUGCAGGGCUUCUGGGGGAGGAGUUCAAGAUGGGUGCCCUUAAGUACGUCGAGGAGCUCUCCAAGAAGAAGCAGUCGGAUGUCAUGCAGUUUCUGCUGCGCGUCCGCUGCUGGGAGUUCCGUCAACUCAACGUGAUCCACCGUGCUUCGCGCCCCUCUCGCCCCGACAAGGCCCGCCGUCUCGGCUACAAGGCCAAGCAGGGCUAUGUCAUCUACCGCGUGCGUGUUCGCCGUGGUGGACGCAAGAGGCCCGCCCCCAAGGGUGCCACUUACGGUAAGCCCACCAACAUGGGUAUCAACCAGCUCAAGUACCAGCGCUCCCUCAAGGCUACGGCUGAGGAGCGUGUCGGCCGCCGCUGCGCCAACCUCCGCGUCCUCAACUCGUACUGGAUCAACCAGGACUCGACCUACAAGUACUACGAGGUCAUCCUCGUCGACCCCAACCACAAGGCCAUCCGCAUCGACCCCCGCAUCAACUGGAUCGUCAACCCUGUCCACAAGCACCGCGAGUCCCGCGGCCUCACCGCCACCGGCAAGAAGUCGCGCGGUCUCAACAAGGGCCACCGCUACAACAACACCAAGGCCGGCCGCAGAAAGACUUGGAAGCGCAACAACACCACCUCCCUGUGGCGUUACCGAUAA